AUCGCAACUAGAGACUACGGAGCAAACAAAGGAUGACGAGAUUCUAAGCUAAGCAUUGCAUUACACUCGCGGACUAGAUAGAGGGGAGAAGAAAGCAGGCGCGACCAAUGACCGGCGUGAAAGCGGUGGCCCUCAUCGCCGGCGCCGCCAACGUCAGGGGCUCUGUGCAGUUCCUCCAGCAACCCAACGGGGCGACGCAGGUGAAAGGGAGGAUCAGCGGCCUCUCCCCGGGCCUCCAUGGCUUCCACAUCCACGCCCUCGGCGACACCACCAAUGGCUGCAACUCCACCGGACCGCAUUUUAAUCCGCGGAACAAACACCACGGAGCUCCCACCGAUAGCGAGCGUCACGCCGGUGAUUUGGGCAACAUCGUGGCCGGCCCAGAUGGAGUUGCUGAGGUUUCUAUCGUGGAUGCGCAGAUACCCCUAACUGGCCAGCACUCAAUAUUGGGAAGGGCUGUUGUCGUCCACGCUGAUCCUGAUGAUCUUGGCAAAGGUGGGCAUGAACUUAGCAAGACAACUGGGAACGCAGGUGCUAGACUCGGAUGCGGCAUCAUUGGGCUCCAGUCAUCGGUUUAGAAUUUACAGCGUGAACUCGAGAUGUAUAUUAAGCUUAUCUUCUAAAAGCAUGUAUAUGAAAUCAUCAGCCACCUCAAGAAUGUGUUGGGCUGAGAGGGCUUUAGUUCGUUGCUG